CGCAGCGUGUGUUGAAGUGUGAGCAGAGCUGCUUCACUGAGCCAAGCGGACCCAAAACAAACCAGCAGGACUGCGGCUCAGAAGAAAGAUAAGGGAGAGAAGAGCCUCGCACUGAGAGAGAUAACCAUCCUUAUUUAUAAAGCUGGAAGCUCAUUUUAUAUUUUAUUUUGUUGGUUUUUGCACUGCAGCUGAUAGCGGAUGCAUUUUUUUCUCCAUUAUGUAAAUUAGAUAUUUUUAUGCGCCUCUUUACACGAGAGUGGACCUUGCAGUAGCAUUUCUGCUGAACAUUUCUAUAUAAGAACAGUGAGGGAGCAGAAGACAUGGAGAAAGCACAGGGCUUCUCUCCGGACAGAAACGUCCUCUGCCUGUUUGAUGUGGACGGCACUCUGACACCACCGAGAGAGAAAAUCGACCCAGAGCUGGAUGAGUUCUUCCAGACUCUGCGUAAGAAGGUGAAGAUCGGCAUCGUGGGAGGGUCGGACUACUCGAAGAUUGCAGAGCAGCUUGGGGAGGGAGAUGAUGUGAUACACAAGUUUGAUUAUGUGUUUGCUGAAAAUGGGACAGUGCAGUACAAAGAUGGGAAACUCCUCUCAAAACAUGCCAUUCAAAACCAGAUCGGGGAGGAGCUGCUGCAGGACCUGAUCAACUUCUGCCUCAGUUACAUGGGACUUAUCAAACUGCCAAAGAAAAGGGGUACAUUUAUUGAGUUCAGGAACGGAAUGAUCAACAUCUCCCCCAUCGGUCGGAGCUGCACAGCAGAGGAACGAAUUGAAUUUUCUGAAAUCGACAAGAGAGAGAAGAUCAGAGAGAAAUUUGUUGCUGCUCUGAAAAAGGAGUUUGCUGGAAAAGGACUACGGUUUACUAAAGGUGGCCUCAUCAGCUUUGACAUUUUCCCAGAGGGCUGGGACAAGAGACUCUGUUUAGAGGUGCUGGAGAGGGAAGGCUUGGAUGCCAUCUACUUUUUUGGCAAUGAGACCUCAGAUGGAGGAAACGACUAUGAAAUUUUCAACGACCCACGGACCAUCGGCUUCACGGUCUACUCUCCAGAGGACACAGCUCGGCUCUGUCGGGAGCUUUUCUUUGACGCUUUACCACAUGAGUCCUGAUGUCCCGAACUGCCCCCUUUCUCCUCAAGCCCCGUCUGAACACGAGUCUGUGGCCGUCUGCUGGCGAGCUCAGACUGUUUUAAAGUGAUGAAAGGUACCAAUACCGAUCUCUCCAUGUUUUUAACAUUUCUACUAAAUUUAAAUGGACUGAAGCGGGGUGAAUGAGCUACACCUGUUCGGAAAGUCGCAGUUCUUUUUUUCUUUUUUUUAAAGAAGGGACGUUGACGAGGGAAGUGUUACAUGUGCGGAGGACUGUGCCCGGAGAUGUGCUCUGACCGGAGAGUCGCGUUACUGUGACGUGUUAUCACGUUCACUUUGAGAGAUUGUAACACUUGAUGCAGUUUUUUAAAAAUGUAAGACUUGCACUAAUGCUGACAUAAUUUUUGCCAAUGUAUUGUUUUUUAACUCUGCUGAUGGAGGCGAGCAGUGUGAGAGACUGACAUUAAACAGGUGAUUUAUGGGA